UGGUGGUGGUAAUAGUGGUGGUGAUGGCAGUAGUGGUGGCAACACCAAUGACAACAACCAACCAGAUGGAGACAGCAUGCGAAACAGUCAAGGUGGAAAUGAGAAAUCUUUCUUUUGUACAUUUUGUAAGAAAGGAUUCACCAACCAGUUCUUCUUGAAGAACCAUGAGCUCACACACACAGGCGUUCGACCAUUUGACUGCAAUUCUUGUGACAAAGCCUUUACGCAGAAAAUCAAUCUCAAAAACCAUUUAAGGACCCAUUCAGGGGAGAAACCUUUUCAGUGUUCCCUUUGUCCAAAGGCCUUCAGUCAACAAGGUAAUCUCAAACUCCAUCUUAGAACACAUACGGGAGAGAAACCAUAUUCUUGUGAAGUCUGUGGUAAAAGUUUCUCCCAAAAAAUCAAUUUGACUUACCACAACCGUAUUCACACUGGAGACCUUCUCUAUUGUCAGUUCUGCAAGAAACCAUUUUCGAAUGAGUUCUUCCUCAAAAUACAUGAACGUAUACAUACAGGCGAGAAACCUUUUCAUUGCCAUUUCUGCAACAAGUGUUUCUCACAAGAGACAAACUUGAAAAACCAUUUGAGAACACACACUGGUGAGCGACCAUUUUCCUGUAGUGUUUGUUCGAAGGCUUUUAGCCAGAGAGGUAAUUUAAAGCUUCACCUUAGAACGCACACUGGAGAGAAACCAUUUGCCUGUGAUGUCUGCGGGAAAGCCUUUUCACAAAAAGUAAAUCUAAGCGACCACAAAAGGCUACACACUGGAGAUCUGUUCUAUUGCAACUACUGCAAGAAACCGUUUUGCAAUCAAUUUUUUCUGAAGAUUCACGAGCGGACGCACACUGGAGAACUUUACAAAUGUACAUUUUGUCCGAAAGAUUUCACACUUUUGAUCAACCUGAAGAACCAUCUGAGGACUCAUACCGGAGAGAAACCAUUUCAUUGCAGUAUGUGUUCAAAGUCUUUUAGUCAGCAAGGAAAUCUUAAGUUACACAUGAGAACUCACACGGGGGAAAAACCAUUCAAGUGUGACCUUUGUGAAAAGUGUUUCUCCCAAAAAACUAAUCUUGAAAAUCACCAACGUGUCCACACUGGACAAUUGUUUAAAUGUGACUAUUGCACCAAAGAAUUUACUUUGCAAAUUAGCCUGAAAAACCACAUCCGGGUCCACACUGGAGAAAAACCUUUCCAUUGCAGCUAUUGUAACAAGCUCUUCUCACAGCGAACUGAAUGGCGUAACCAUGAGAGAACCCACACAGGAGAAAAACCAUUCCAAUGUCAGAUUUGUUCGAAGGCUUUUUCUCAAGCUGGAAACUUGAAGUUACACAUGAGGACACACACGGGUGAGAAACCAUUCAAGUGUGACACUUGCAACAAGUCGUUUUCGCAGCGAGCCAACUUAAACAACCACAAAAGGACUCGAACGGGCUGCGAACUUUUCACCAAGCAGCCACCGUUGGCCUCUACUGCUUCCUCAUCUGCCUCUCAUGGCUGUAUGAUGUACUCCAAAGACUCCAACCUCUCGCCUCCAAUGCCAGGUUCGGACCCUCUCCCUGUGAUGGGAUCAUCCAUGAUGAUGUCAUCUGAAGACAAGAAUGAUAGUGACAACCAUCAACACCAUGAAAAGAGUGGUUUGUCCUCAGCUUCUCAGACAUCCACAUAUAACUGUGAUACGAGUGCAUCGAAACCUCAGCAGCAGCAGCAACAACAACAGCAACAGCAGCAACAUCAGCAACAGCAAGCCCAUCAGUCUUCCAUGUUAUCAUCAAAUUCCAACAAGCACAACAUGAAAACUAACAAACACCAUCAAGAACAUUUACCAAAUUCCCAUAUGGGACGGUCAGAGCAACACCUUCAUCCGGCUCAACAAGAUUCCCAGACUGGAAUGCGACUGCACCCCUCAAAUCUGUCUCGGUUUAAUUCUGCUGCAUAUCUGCACGAGAUGUCACAGAACUGGGAGACCAACUACCUCUGGCCCAGAGGCUACCCUAUGCCCACGUUGCUCGGUUCCAGCUGGCCAAACAUGCCUACGUCUUACUCUAGCGGCAAACACGGUAAACAGAACUCGUGAGCCAGCCUGCAAACUCUGUUCGGACACUCUACGGAUUCCGUUGGGAAUCUCUUGCAUCCAAACUGACACAUGUGACACGAGGACUUGUAACAUUUCUUAAGACAUGUCUUAAGUUGUCUUAUUAAUCAUUAGCCACAUGUCGUCUCCAAGCUGACAGAACUCACCAACGGCUGUUCAACUAACUUCCUCAAACAUGUCAGGCUCUUUACGAUCUGUUUGUCAGGUUUCUGUGGAAUUUUUCAGGUCAAUUGGCAAAAAUUCAUUUUUGUAUUAAAAGAAGAAAAAUCAAGAACAAAACAAGAAGAAAAUAACCCAAAAGAACUGGAUUGUGAUGGUGCAAAUAGACAAAAACAAUAGUCAGUCACAUUGUAAAAAUUUGACAUUGAAAACUUUUCAGGGAUCCUUUUCCUAAGAAUUUAUUUUUGGAUCCUUGUACGUUGUGUGUUCAAAUUUCACCGGAAUUCACUUUGCCUGUAUCAUCGUCUUUCAGGGAUUGAUAUUAAAACAAAAACAAAACAAAAGUACCAGUCAUAUGCUGGGGCAAGUUUUAAUUGAAUGCACCCCCUAACUAUAAAUCUCUGGCUUGUCUCAAUCUGAGAAAUCAUUAUGACAAUGAUGAUGGUUAUUGUUACUUCUAUUAAAAUAUCCCUUAGCAGUUCAAAUAUCAGAAGCACUGGAUCACUCCCUGACAUUUAUGCUACCAUUAUAAUCUCUCUCUCUCUCUCUCUCUCUCUCUCUCUCUCUCUCUCUCUCUCUCUAUACAUAUAUAUAUAUAUAUAUAUAUGCCUACACACACGCAUAUAUAUAAACACAUUGUGUAUGUGUGUGUAUAUAUAUAUAUAUAUAUAUAUAUAUAUAUAGAUAUAUAUAUAUAUAUAUGUAAUAUAUAUACUGUUUUAAAAUAUAGUGAUGAUCACUGAAUAAAAUGCUCUCUCUCACACACACACACAUACUCUGACAGACACAGUAUUCAUAUCUUGAGAACUUAUGAUGAAAUGCAAUAGUCAAAUGUUGGACAACACCAGCCUCACCCAAUGAACACACAUACACACACACAUACACCUACCAUCACUGGUUUUAUGUCUACCUUUCAGUGCUUGUAUGAGUCAGACAAGACUACUUUGGAGCAGAGUCACAUAUAUAUAUAUAUAUAUAUAUACAUAUAUAUAUAUGUUGCUUGCAUGCAUAUGCCUUUUGCAUGUAUUUGGAUUGUAAGUUAAUGCUCUAGUAAUAAUAGUUUUAAUCAUGUUGACUUUGUCCAUUAAGUAUAACAUCUGCAUCAAGAAGAUAUUUGUGUGUCUGAGGAGGUAAUUUGUACAUGUGUGUGCAUGUUGAUGCCCAUGGGUGCGAGGGAAGAGAGGUGUGCACUGCUUCCGUGUAACGAGAGAAGAGUGGUGUUAUUAUUCAUUGUACAUAGUGUUGUAGACUUCCAAACCGUUUUUCUCUCUCUCCAAACUGCUUAUUUAUAUACUCCUACCAGCACAAUGCCAUGCCUCAGCCUUCCCCCAGUUAUGUCAUCUGUAAUUUUAUCAGCUGAGCUUUACAAUACUUUAUUGGUAAAUACUGUCACAAUGUGCACACCGAUGCAUCAUUGCUGCACCAUGGCAAGUGCACUUGCAGUCAGUUUGUCAUCAUGGUGUAAUUAGUUGUUAUUUAUUUUUUUUUAUGUAUUGUUCUUGUUGUUGUCAGUCUUGUGGCUAACCUCAUCCCUGCCCUCUGCCCAUCCCUACCCUCUGCCCAGCCUCACUUGUAGCCCCACACACUUUAUGAUCCACACCUGGCAGUGAGUUAAUAAGGUGGAUGUCGUUAACCUGUCACGGUGUCUUAGAUACUAUAAAUGUGAAAUUGAUGAAUGUAUUAAAAUGCGUCACAGGUUUUUGAAUUCUAAUAUCCAAAGUUAAUUAAAAUACCAGUGUUGUCUCUUCCUGUUUAAUUUUUUCUUUCACCAGAAUUAUUCAAUAAGAAAAUGAUUUUUGUCACCUUCAGGUUGUAGCUUUAAUUAAUAAACAUUUUUUAGGCUGACUACAUUAAACAUGGUCAUACCUACUACAAAUAUUUUGCUGUGUCUCCUUGGGUACUACACUUAAUUUCACAUGUUUUACUUUACAUAACCUCGGCUCACCUUAGCAAGUAAUGGUACUUAUACUGCAGUGAUGCAGUAUUAGUACUAAGUUACAAGGUUCUGUGUUCAAUCCCAGGGUGCUGUGUCUUGGGAAAGUGUUCUGUUGUGGUUGCCCCCAAUUUUUUGUGAGUAAUAUUUAGGAGAUACAAAAACUAUCUGCAAGUUCAUAUGUGUGCGAAGGUACUUAGGGAGUUACACUUGCAGUUAUAGGUCAAUGGUUUCAAUUCCUGGACUGGGCGUUGUGUUUUAUUCAUGAGCAAAAUAUUUAAUUUCUUGUUCCAGUCCACUCAGCUGAAGAUUUGUACCAGCAACAGCUGGGAGAUUAACCCUUUGACAGACUGGUGUCUCAUUCAGUGUGUGCAUGUGUCUAUAUAUAAUGCAUAUAUAUUUAUUUCUUCGGCACGUAAAAAGCAUCCACUACACUCUCUGAGUGGUUGGCGUUAGGAAGGGCAUCCAGCUGUAGAAACUCUGCCAAAUCAGAUUGGAGCCUGGUGUAGCCAUCUGGUUUCACCAGUCCUCAGUCAAAUCGUCCAACCCAUGCUAGCAUGGAAAGCGGACUUUAAAUGACGAUGAUGAUGAUGAUGAUGAUUGCCCACAAGGGGUUUAAACAUAGGGGACAAACAAGGACAGACAAAGGGAUUAAGUCGAUAACAUCGACACCAGUGCAUGUCUGGUAAUUAUUUAAUCAACCCCGAAAGGAUGAAAGGCAAAGCCGACCUUGCCAGAAUUUGAACUCAGAACGUAACGGCAGACAAAAUACCACUAAGCAUUUCGCCUGGCGUGCUAAUGAUUCUGCCAGCUUUCCACCCUAUAAUACAUAUAUACUAAUAAAUGCAUUUACACAUAAACACACAGAAGCUAAUUGGUAAACUCGGACAUAUACACACAUCAACAUAUUCACAUAACAGACAUAGGUCACAGGUUUAAUAGCUGGUCCCUUUAUUUUUACACCACCACCUUCUGUGCCUUUUAGCAGGGUCAGGCCUUGCAAGGCCACAAGAGGCUGAAAAAAGGUUCAAAAGGUGCUAUCUUUCUUUCUUUCUCUCUUUCUCACUCUGGCCAAGCCAUCUAAAAAUAAACACCCUCAUUUAACCUUGUGGUGUGUGUGUGUGCAUAAAUCACUUCCAGUUUAUAUUAAUUCUCCUAUAAAUAAAACUAUUUAUUUCCUGUCCUGCCAAACUCUGCUGACGGCAGCUUUUGUCACACGUGACACUGGAAACAAGGACACUGACCUUCUUUUCCCUGUUCAGUGUGUCUGUGUAUGUCACCAGCUACAGCCUGUGUGUGUGUGUUCACAUGCUCUUGUGUCUAUAAUUAGCAUUAUGUGUAGCUUUGUGGAUCUUGUAAACUACAUUUUUUAAAUAUCUGGUAUUAAGUAGUAUGUGUGUCUCUGUGCACACACACACACUCGUGCAUGUAGAUUGUACAUAUGUAUGUGUUUAUAGUUAUUUAGCUGUAAGAUAUAUAUAUAUAUAUAUAUAUAUAUAUGUAUGUAUGUGUAUGUAUAAACUCAUGUAUACAUAUGAGUAUAUAUAUGUGUAUCUACUCAUAUAUAUGUAUACAUAUAAAUGAGUAUAUAUAUAUAUGUGUGUGUAUACUCAUAUAUGUAUACAGAUAAAUGAGUGUGUGUGUACAUAUGUAUAUCUUUAUAUGUAAUUGUCGUAGUGUAUGUAUACAUGUGUGUAUAUUUGGUUCUGUUGUCUAUUCCGACGUAUGAAUGUCCAGUUGUCUGAUCAACUAGACGACCUACUCAUUGAUUUAGCAUGUAAUGUGGCUGAGUAUUCCAUAGACACGUAUCCUUAACAUCAUUCUAAAGUAGAAUUGGUGAGACUGACGAAGCUGACCUUUUUAAUUACUGGUACAGUCCAUCUGGAGGGCUUCUAAGCAGUCACCGUCUACCUAAUUUCAAUCAAUGUUUGGGUCCACCUGAGGAUGUGGUAAAGACACUUGCCCAAGAUGCCACACUUUGGGAUCAAACCUGGGUCCUCAUGCUUACAAGCUGAACUUUUGAACCACUCUGUCUACAUACAAGUGUGUGUGUGAAUGUGGAACCAUUAAUCCCCCAAUUUUUUUUUUAUCUGUCUCCUUUUUUUUCUUUCAUCCCUUUUUGUUGAAGUGUGUGGGCUUCAUAUGUCAAAGACUUUUCCAUUCUUCCUUCCUGAGCAUCCAACUAAUACACCUGUCUGUUGUUCCCUCACCUGUCUUUUGUCUUCUGUACAUUUGAACCAUUAUGUGAUAGCCAGGAUUAUAUUAUACCCUCAAUCUAUAUGUAUCUCUGUGUGUUAUUAGGUUAGUGUUAUCAUAUUUAAUUUAAGGGUCAAAAAUUUCAUUACAAAAAUCAUGUACUAAGGGAAGGACAAUACUGGGUCAGGGACUAAUGUGGUCAUUCAGCCUGCUAAAAAUAGCAACCAAAUAUACUUUUGACUAUAGGUCUGUCAUGUCAGAGCUAAACAACUGUCCCAGCAGUAACACGGUAUAGUAUAGUCCGAGAUAUGCCAUGACUAAAAAAUAUACAAGAAACCUAGAAUAGUCUUAGAUGGAACAGAUCUCUAAUGAGAUAUGGCCUAUAGGAGUUAAUUAUUCCAGUGUGGAGGUGCAUGGCUUAGUGGUUAGGGUGUUGGAUUCAUGAUCAUAAGAUUGUGGUUUUAAUUCCUGGACUGGGCAGUAUGUCAUGUUUUUCAGCAAAACACUUCAUUUCACGUUGCUCCAGUCCACUAAGCUGACAAAAA